AAGAUAUUGGUACGCUGAAAACCACUCUGGAUGUUCUCGCAAGUCAUCCAAGAGCGAGUACGCAGUAUGAGAUAUACCUUGCAAUGGAACAGAAAGAAUCUGGAGCCGCCGAAAAGGCCGCAAAGUUGAUAUUGGCAUUCGAGAAAUCCUUCCUCCAAAUUCGAAGUACAUUCCAUCCAGCGAAUCUACAAGGGGAGAUUGCAGGGAAAAGUUCCAAUGUUGCUUUUGCCGCUCGCCACAUUGUCGAAGUGCAUCGCGCGGACCUCAAUACAGGCGCGUGUAAUGUGAUCAUCACAGUGAUAGAUGCCGAUACGCAUCUAUGGCAGGACUACUUUACCGAGAUCCGUCGUCUUCAUUAUAUACAUACCACCGAGGCAGACCGCACGGUCUACUGCUGUCCGAUCAUAUUUGACCGCAACUCUAAUGAGAGCCCGAUAUUGGUACGAUGUGCUGAUUUGCUAUGGGGCUUUGCGGGCUUGUCGACAAUGUACCCCGGCGCACCUAUCUCUAUACCAACAUCUGUAUACUCCUUACCCUUAUCUUUGGCUGAAAAGGUUGGUGGCUGGGAUAGUGACCCCACUGCUAUUGGCGAGGAUAUGCACAUGCUACUCAAGUGCUACUUUGAGACAGCAGGGAAUGUCGUUUCCCGUAACAUAUUUAUACCAGCCAGCCAGUGCAAUGUCUCCAGCGAUACUGGUCAAGGCUGGAGACGGACACUGGAUACCUGCUUUGCCCGGUACAGACAGGCGUUGCGACACAUGUGGGGAGCAUUGGACUCGGGAUUUGCAGCACGCCGGACAAUGAGCUAUCUUCGCCUCCACAGCCGGUGUCUAUUUCUACGACCGCGACACUUUGCCUUACUGCACCUUAUGUGGGAGGCGCACUUUCUCCCUUGCCAUCUGAUGAUCCUUAUGGUGUUCUCGUUGAUAUAUUCCCUCAUGACUCCUCCAGAGCUACUACACCCAUCUAUGACAUGGACGUUCUGGUUCACUGGACUGCUUCGCACAUCUUCCUUCAUCUGGAUGAACGUCUGCCUGGCACUGUACGAGCGGUGGUAUACAGUCUGUCUGCAAUCACGAAGAAAGGAUAUGCUACAGGCCAAUCUGACAGACACUGGCUUUUCCCAACGUACCUGGUGGCAUACGACGCAUCUCCUGGAACGCAUCUGCUUUCCAAUUGCGGGUACCAUCUUUGGAGGUAUUCCGACAAUCCACGCAGUUUUCUCCCAUUUUUGGACAGACAGGUUGGUAUAUCGUGUCAGCAAGAAACCGGACUUUGCCAUGGUUGGCUCUAUGGCAUAAGUGUCGUUGGUAUAUGAGAGGAUGUUCAUGAUAUAUAUACUACCUUUACGAUUGUUG